ACAGACCGCACCCUUGUCGCCUUCUCACAUACGGAAGAGUGAACUUUUCCCGUGCUGCAGUCAGCUACUUUCUGAGCGCAACCCGCUAUCCUUUCAGUAUGCAGACGGCUCGGAAUGGCUACUGACGCCAGCACGCUUGAGGAGCUACAUAGCGAGCUCACCUGUCCAGUGUGCCUCGAGCUCUUCCGUGAGCCGGUGAUCCUCGAGUGCGGACACCACUUCUGUCGCGUGUGCAUUACGCAGUGCUGGGAGGCCAAGUACGAUGAACACCCGACCUGCCCGAAGUGCCGAAAGACAUGCGCUCCGAAGCUGCGCCCCAACUCGCUUCUGUGUAACGUCGUGGACAGCGUGAGGAGAGCUCGAGCCAUGGAUGGGAAACCCGGAGACCAGGAGAGCUCACAGGAGGAUACUGAAGAACGGCAACGGGGGGGCAUUAUGCCCAGCUCCGGGUUCAGUUUACCUGAUUUCUCUCCUCGCCUCGAGUCAGACCGGUGCGAGGAGCACGAGGAGAAGUUGAAGCUAUUCUGUGAGGAUGAUCAGCUCGCGAUCUGCCUGGUGUGCGGGAUGUCCCGAGACCACAAGACGCACAAUGUCAUCCCCAUCAACGAGGCGUUCGAGAACUACAAGGACAAGCUGUCCAUAGCCCUGGAGAGAGUAAUGAUCCAGACUGAACAGGCUUCUCUCUGUCAGGUCCAGACCAACAACAAGAUCAUGCUCAUCAAGGAGCGAGCUGGGGACAUAGAGGAGCAGGUGAGUGCAGAGUUUGGACGUCUGAGGGAGUUCCUUCUCCAGGAGGAGGAGAGAGUGAAGGAGAGUCUGCGGCGGGAGAAGGAAAAUAGGCUCAACCAGUUGGAGGAGGUCCUCAAACACACCACAGAGCAAAUCGUCCAGUUAGAGCAAACUGCCGACCAGCUCCGCGUCAAACUCCGAGAGAAUGAGAACCCGGCACAACUCCGGGGAAUCAAGGAUUUUAUCGGAGGAGCGGAGGUUAUGUUUGAGCGACCCCCGGAGGUGUGUGUGGAUCUGCCGGAGGGGGAGUUCCUGGGACCACUGCAGUACCGCACCUGGAGGAGGAUGAGCGCUGUCCUUCAGCCAGGUGUGACAGCGGUGACUCUAAACCCAGACACCGCCUACCCCAGGCUGUGGGUGUCCACGUGCUGCACCCAGGUCAGUGUCGGGGACAUCCAGCCCAACCUGCCCAACAACCCUGAGCGCUUCACGCGCUACAACAUUGUCCUGGGAAGCCAGGCCCUCGCCUCAGGGCAACACUACUGGGUGGUUGAGGUGGGCACCAAGACGGCCUGGGGGCUGGGGGUGGCGGCCGCCUCGGUCAACAGGAAGGAUGAGAUCAGCCUGUGUCCCGACGACGGCUUCUGGACCCUGGUGUUAAGAGAGGGGCGGGAAGGGAGCGAGUACGAGGCCUGCACCAACCACGAGGAGAGCCUGUUGCACCCCCCUCGACCCCCCAGGAGGGUAGGGGUGUACCUUGACUACGGUAGGGGUGUGGUGGCGUUUUACGAUGCAGGGGAUAUGAGUCACCUGUUCACCUUCUCCGACGCCACGUUCACAGAGCCGGUGUUCCCCUACUUCAACCCCUGGCCAAUCCUCAAAGGGAGAAACCGUGAGCCUCUUAUCAUUAUUAGCCCCGACCCGGAGGUAUGAGAGACCCGGUAAGAACUGUCAGAGAACACUGAGAACCAAAGACAAGAAAGUGGAACAAUGUAGAGAACGUGUGAGAGAAACUGCAAUGUCAUCAUCCUAUUCACUAACACUUGACUAUUGUUCACGGUUUUGUCAUUUAUGAACAUUUCCUGUAAAUAUGUUUCCAUGGAAUAUGUGGGUGUUUUGUGUUUAAAGAGAGCACAUGCCAGAGGAUUCUGAAGGAAGCCACAUGGAAAAGCGAAUUGAAAAGCACCUUAAACAUGACAUUCUUUCCCUUACAAAUGGACAUGGCCAAAGAAUGAAAUGACAAUUUCCUACUAUAAUUAUCUAAAAAGUGUGUAUAUAGUAAGAUGACAGUGUUUUACAGUGUAUUUUACAUUUUAAUAGCGGAGUAUAUACAUCGGCAAAUCAGAUCACGCCUCCAUUCUGCUCCUCCCUACCUAUAUGCAGAAACUUAAGCAGGAAGCACCCCUUGGUAAGGUCUGUUGGUGUGACCAAUCGGAAUCUGUGCUUCUAGAUUGUUUUGAUCACGCAGACUGGAAAAUGUCCCCGAUCGCCUUUGAGAAUAGUAUCGACGUAUACACAUCGGUGACUGGCUUCAUCAGAAUGUGCAUUAAGGAUGUUGUUCCCACUGUGACGAUUGGAACUUAUCCAAACCAAAACCGUGGAUAGAUGGCAGCCAUCGCACAAAACUGAAAGGCGCGAACCACCGCAUUUAACCACGACAAGGUGAUUGGGAACAUGGACGUGUAUAAAGAGACCAGCUGUGGUUGCAAUUCAACAGCUCAAACAUGAGAUGAUAAUCACAAAUGACAAAGGGAAAGCCAGCCAUGUCACCGACACCCCCGCCUUCGGACAAGCGGAACACCUUCGCCCGCUUCCAGGACAACAACAUCGAGCCACCAACGCAGGCCCUUGACGCUCACGGGGACUGUGUGCUCUCGUUCUCCGUGGCCGAUGUGCGUAAGACAUUUAAGCGUUGCCGGCCCAGACGGCAUCCCAAGCCGCGUCCUCAGAGCAUGUGCAGACAAACUGGCUGGAGUGUUUACGGACAUAUUACAUCUCUCCAUAUCCCAGUCUCUUGUCUCCACUCUCUUCAAGAUGUCCACCCUUGUUCCUGUACCCAAGAAAGCGAAGGUAACUGAACUAAUUAAAUGACUGUCGCCCCGGAGCACUCACUUCUGUCAUUGUGAAAUGCUUUGAGAGGCUGGGUAAGGAUCAUAUCACCUUACCCGGCACCCUAGACCCACUACAAUUCGCAUACAGCCCCAACAGAUCGACGGACGACGCAAUCGCCAUUAUACUGCAUACAGCCCUGGACGAGAGAAAUACCUAUGUAAGAAGGCUGUUCAUCGACUACAGCUCAGGCUUCAACAUCAUCAUGCCCUCCAAGCUCAUCACUAAGCUCAGGGCCCUGGGUCCCCCCCAUGCAACUAGAUCCUAGACUUC